CAAUGGAAUACAUAAUAUUAGUCCUCACCUGCCUCGUGACAUUUUGUCAGGUUCAAUCACAGUACUGUGGGGGCUCUGGACCGACAACCGUCGUGACGAGUCCACAGCUGCUCACCAACGGACCAUAUUUAACUGCACCACAAGUCGUCACAUCUCCAGUGGUCGCGACGACGGUAGUCGAUAACUCGGUGUCGAACGCCUUAGCAAAUGCCUUACAGCUAUUAAUAGUGAGCGACCUCAUCGAGUCCAGACUAUCGAAGGUUGCUCCGAAUGCAUUACUGAACUCAUUUGCACCGAUAUUUGAAAGAUUUGGUCCAUUGUGUUCCCCUGUAGUUGAUGUUGUUGCGCCCUGCCCCACUCCUAUAGAAGCUAUACCUCCAUGCGUCCCCUUAAUCGAAACUAUCACCCCUACUUGCUAUGGAGGAGUUACAGAAACUAUCACACCGAACCUUUUCGGUGGUUUCACCGAAACUUUUUGCUCUAAUCCAUUCGGUAUUUCUGAAACAUUCAUUCCCAAUUACUAUAGUGGAUACACCGAGACAAUUGCACCAACGCCCUGUGGGAUAACAGAAAUUAUUGCUCCUAAUAUAGGCUUCAAUACAAAUAUAGCAACACUCAAUCCUAACAUAUACGGGGGUGCUACAGAAGUAAUUUCAACAACACCAUGUGUACAACAAUUUCCGUCAAAUAAUGUGUUUGGAGGAUUCACGGAAGUCGUUACCCCUACAUGUGGUCCUAAUUAUUACAGCGGCGUAGCAGAAGUACUUGCACAAAACCCGUUCACAAAUAAUUACUUCGACCGCUUCGCAGAAGUUGUUACCCCAACAUGUGGUCCUAAUUAUUACGGCGGUGUAACAGAAGUACUUGCACAAAACCCGUUCACAAAUAAUUACUUCGAACGCUUCGCAGAAGUUGUUACCCCAACAUGUGGUCCUAAUUAUUGCGGCGGUGUAACAGAAGUACUUACACAAAACCCGUUCACAAAUAACUACUUCGACCGCUUCGCAGAAGUUGUUACCCCAACAUGUGGUCCUAAUUAUUGCGGCGGUGUAACAGAAGUACUUGCACAAAACCCGUUCACAAAUAAUUACUUUGACCGCUUCACAGAAGUUGUUACACCAGUGGCCUCAUUUAAUCCUGGUUGUAUUGGAGGUGUGACUGAAGUUAUAAGUUCAAACCCAUACACACCGAACUUUUAUGGAGGUGUGACGGAAAUAGUCUCACCCUUUGCACCUGGCUGUGUUAAUGGAGUGACUGAAGUCAUUACUCCGCCAUCAUACAUGCCUAAUUACUGUGUUACAGAAGUAAUUUCGCCUUUCUCGUCAUAUAACACUGGAUGCUUUGGUGGAGUAACCGAAGUACUUACCCCUUCACCAUUCUCACCGUUCUAUGGUGGUAUCUCAGAAUUUAUUUCUUCUGUUAGUCCUUUCAAUCCCGGUUAUAUACCAGAAGUAAUCACGCCUAAUCCUUUUGCUCCGAAUUUCUUUGGUAAUGUAAAGGAAAUUAUUGCUCCAACUGGGCCAUAUGCACCUGUAGCUGCUGAGGUGUUACUCCCGCCUGCUAUUCCAGCUCAACUGACAUGCAAUUUCGGUUACAUGCCGACAACUGUGCCUUGCGUCAGUUUCAACGUAGAAGCAUUACCGUUUGAGUCUUGUGGUUGUGGGUGCAACGGCUUCCCAAAAAGUUUUUAUUAUUAAAUAUUGUUAAUAUUGUUAUAUCUUUAUGUAAUAAAAUAUUAUUAUUGAA